GGGGGCUUUCGGCAGGGCUCCUGGCUGUGCCGCGGGGCUAUAGCCGUAAGAAAUGAAUCUCCACGGUCUUUCUGCAGACUAGCCUUGGUUCAAACCAGAGAAGUCCGAUUCUUCAGGUCCUGAAGGAUGCGAAUCACUUCGUGCUCCGUGUUGCGGUACCCACCUGGGCACGGCUAUCUCCCGGAGAAACAGCCUGAGGAACCGACCUGUCGGUAGAGUGAGCCCUGCGGAGACGUGCUAGAGGGACCACCCCCCAUUUUGCGUCUCACUGAGUGGACUAUGGUGGCAGGAAGAUGUUGGCUCGGAAGAGUAUCAUCCCUGAAGAGUAUGUAUUGGCACGGAUCGCUGCCGAGAACCUGCGCAAGCCGCGCAUCCGAGACCGGCCACGCAAAGCCCGCUUCAUCGCCAAGAACGGGGCAUGCAACCUGGCACACAAGAACAUCCGCGAGCAGGGGCGAUUCCUGCAAGACAUUUUCACCACCUUGGUGGACCUGAAGUGGCGUCACACGCUGGUCAUCUUUACUAUGUCCUUCCUGUGCAGCUGGCUGCUCUUCGCCAUGAUGUGGUGGCUGGUGGCUUUUGCCCACGGUGACAUGGACCCAAGCACAGAAAGCACUACGAACAGCACGAAGUGGACACCAUGCGUGACGUGUGUCAGGUCUUUCACUUCUGCUUUCCUCUUCUCCAUUGAAGUUCAGGUGACCAUUGGUUUUGGGGGCAGGAUGAUGACAGAGGAAUGUCCCUUGGCCAUCACGGUCUUGAUCCUGCAGAACAUUGUGGGUCUGAUCAUCAACGCUGUCAUGCUGGGCUGCAUAUUCAUGAAAACCGCACAAGCUCACAGGCGGGCUGAGACCUUGAUUUUCAGCCGGCAGGCGGUAAUUGCAGUUCGAAAUGGCAAACUUUGCUUCAUGUUUCGAGUGGGAGACCUGAGGAAGAGCAUGAUCAUUAGCGCCUCAGUGAGAAUCCAGGUUGUGAGGAAGACUACGACCCCUGAAGGAGAAGUCAUACCCAUUCACCAAGUAGAUAUCCCUGUGGAUAACCCCAUUGAAAGCAACAAUAUUUUCCUUGUGGCUCCCUUAAUCAUUUGUCAUGUCAUAGACAAGCGGAGUCCUCUUUACGAUAUCUCCGCUGCUGACCUGGCGCUCCAGGACCUGGAGCUCAUCGUGAUACUUGAAGGAGUCGUAGAAACGACUGGCAUCACGACACAGGCGAGAACCUCCUACAUAGCAGAGGAGAUCCUGUGGGGUCAUCGCUUUGUGCCCAUCGUCACUGAAGAGGAAGGCGUGUACGCAGUCGACUACUCCAAGUUUGGCAACACCAUCAAAGUGGCAGCACCACGUUGCAGUGCUCGAGAGCUCGACGAGAAGCCAUCCAUUCUCAUCCAGACCCUGCAGAAGAGUGAGCUGUCCCACCAAAACUCUCUGCGGAAACGCAACUCCAUGAGGAGAAACAACUCCAUUCGGAGGAGCAACUCCAUGCGGAGAACGAACCCCUCCCUCAUCGUACCCAAAGUGCAGUUUAUCACGCCUGAGGGGAACCAAAGUGCUUCAGAAACGUGAUACACAGCUCUGUGUGAGGUCAGUGGGCUUCAGAAGGAGAAGGCACCCGUGGUGUUUUGUUUAAAUUUUCUCUUACUUAAGAAAAUGAGAACAUGAUGCAGAAAAGAACCGUGCAAGAACUAUUUAUUCUAAUACUUACUGAAAGCACCACCUAAUGGCAUUAGGAAACACUUUAGCACUUAGUGUAUGAAUUAAUUAAAAAUGGCACGUACACUAAAGAAAACACAGUUCACUCAUGUAAUAUAAUGUGUAUUUAUACUUGGUUUAAUGGCAUGCUAAUUUUUUUAAUCUUAUUUUUCCUAUCCAGGGUCUCUUUCUUAUCUUUUUCUGCUGGCUGUCACAAAA